CGCGGAAGCAAACCCAUUCAUGUAAGCCUUGACGUUUGAUUAUUUCCGAGCAGAAUCCCUUCUGACCCGCGCUCUUUUUCAACAGAUGUCUCUCAAUAUUUCAAAGGUCCUUACUACCGCUGGUUGCCAUCGUCAGCUUACGAUGUAGGAGAGAAGACAGCGUUGAACGCUGUCAACCACAUCUUGAAGAAGAUGUACGAAAUCGGAGGCGACUUUGACGGCAUUCUCGGUUUCUCGGAAGGCGCCAGCAUCGUCGAAUUAGCCGACCGCCUUGUCACGUUCGGACGCAUUCCCCGGAAAUGGAAGUUCAGUGUCCUCAUCAGUGCUUGCCACGUCAAGGCUCGAGGGCCCGCUGUGCCUUCCUGGCUCCGUGACUCGGGCAGUGCCGCGGACGGCAAAUAUCUUCAAGUCCCUUCCGUACAUGUCGUCAGUUCCGAGGACUAUCUGUUCCGGCGCAGCGUAGACGUUGAACGUGGGUACCAGCCGGAGUUGCGUCAGGUCGUCACCCAUGACAUCGGACACCAAAUCCCGCACACUCCUGGGUUCACCAACAAGUUAGCCGGGCGUAUUAUCGAGGCUGCAAGGAUGGGGGCCGAAGCAUCGAAUGCCUCCCCUCUUCUGAAGGUAGAUGAUGCCCUUGAAUCCAUCAGGACGACCUACAAGGCCAAGCGAGGUUUCUUCAAGUUGUUCGGCAAGCACAAUGGUUGAGUAACUAUAUGUAGCUGAAUGUCGAAGAAAUGGCGCAAGAGCAUCAAUGCGAAUGCAUUCACCAAUACUCUAGUUUGUUAUUACUUCUUGAUAGACAAGCCACUCCUCAUGAUUACAAUGCGCUACGUAGACGUAGAACAGAGAGCCUCAUAGUAAUUUAUACUUUAAUCGAUAAUAUCUUUUCGUAGUA